CCCACGACCCCCCUUCCCUGCUAUGAUGGCCGGUCAGUAGCGGGUUCCAGACCCCCCGGGGGUAUGUAGGCAGAGCUAGCGGCAGCCAGGUGUGCUGAGCCACAAGAGCUCUAGGGCACUCUGGGGGCAGCUCUGCCUGCUGCGCUCUCUGGUGCAGGGGGAGAUGCCUAACUGACGAGCGAGCUGGUGAGGACAAGAACGUUCCCUUUUGGCCCGAGUCCGCUGCAUCCAUGGCGCUGCCGGCCAGUCUGGUGCCCCUGUGCUGCUUGGCACUUCUGGCGCUGCCGGCCCAGAGCUGCGGGCCGGGCCGGGGGCCGGUUGGCCGGCGCCGCUACGUGCGCAAGCAGCUCGUGCCGCUGCUCUACAAGCAAUUUGUGCCCAGCGUGCCCGAGCGGACCCUGGGCGCCAGUGGGCCGGCCGAGGGGAGGGUGACAAGAGGCUCUGAGCGCUUCCGGGACCUGGUGCCUAACUACAACCCCGACAUCAUCUUCAAGGAUGAGGAGAACAGUGGUGCAGACCGCUUGAUGACCGAGCGUUGUAAAGAGCGGGUGAACGCGCUGGCUAUUGCGGUGAUGAACAUGUGGCCCGGAGUGCGCCUACGGGUGACCGAGGGCUGGGACGAGGACGGCCACCACGCUCAGGACUCACUUCACUACGAAGGACGUGCCCUGGAUAUCACCACGUCCGACCGCGACCGCAAUAAGUAUGGGUUGCUGGCGCGUCUGGCAGUGGAAGCCGGCUUCGACUGGGUCUAUUACGAGUCCCGCAACCACGUCCACGUGUCUGUCAAAGCCGGUACAGUACGGGAUAACUCACUGGCGGUCAGGGCAGGCGGCUGCUUUCCGGGAAAUGCCACCGUGCGCCUGCGAAGCGGCGAGCGGAAGGGGCUGCGGGAACUGCACCGCGGUGACUGGGUGCUGGCGGCAGACGCGGCAGGCCGGGUGGUGCCCACACCCGUGCUGCUCUUCCUGGACCGGGACUUGCAGCGCCGGGCCUCUUUCGUGGCUGUGGAGACCGAGCGGCCCCCGCGCAAGCUGUUGCUCACUCCCUGGCACCUGGUGUUCGCCGCUCGAGGGCCUGCGCCCGAGCCAGGCGACUUUGCACCGGUGUUCGCGCGCCGGCUGCGCGCGGGGGACUCGGUGCUGGCGCCAGGCGGGGACGCCCUUCGGCCUGCGCGCGUGGCCCGAGUGGCGCGGGAGGAAGCCGUUGGCGUGUUCGCACCGCUCACAGCGCACGGGACGCUGCUGGUCAACGAUGUCCUGGCCUCGUGCUACGCGGUUCUGGAGAGUCACCAGUGGGCGCACCGCGCCUUUGCUCCUCUGCGCCUGCUGCACGCGCUGGGGGCGCUGCUUCCGGGCGGGGCCGUCCAGCCAACUGGCAUGCAUUGGUACUCUCGGUUCCUCUAUCGCUUGGCGGAGGAGCUGCUGGACUGAGCGCUCCAGGCAUAGAAACCUCGUGGCAUCCGCCUAAACGGGAGUGUGCGGGCUGAGAUCUGGAGAU